AUGACGCACCGCGCCGAUGCAUCCAACACACUCGACAACCGGGGAUACUCGGGCCCGCUGGUGCGAGGGCAGAACCCAGCCUUACUUUUCGAGACUCCGAUGCGUGACAGGAUCACGGACUCGCUAUAUUGGAAAGAGCAGUGUUUCGGCCUCAAUGCCGCUACCCUCUGCGAUAGAGCAAUCGAACUCAACUACCUCGGCGGUACAUACGGAGUUGCAAUGAAACCGACGCCUUUUAUCUGCCUGGCUUUCAAGUUGUUGACCUUGGUUCCUGACAAGGAAAUUAUCCUGGAAUACCUGAACAAUGGAGGAGAAGAAUGGAAAUACUUGCGCGCCCUAGCUGCAUUCUACGUGAGGUUGACCUUCGACCCGGCCGAUGUAUACAAAACCCUCGAGCCUUUACUUGAGGACUUGAGGAAACUGAGACUGCGACGCAAGGAAACAUACGAACUAAUACAUAUGGAUGAAUUUGUGGAUAAUCUUCUAACGAAAGAGCGUGUCUGUGGAACCAGCUUAUGGAAACUGCCAGCCAGACAAUUGUUGGAAGAUCUGGACCAGCUUGAGGAACGGGUCAGUCCUCUCCAAGCCGAGUUGGAUGCAAUGGAAGAGGAGGAUGAAGUGACCGAGGUGGUGGAUCGCAAUGGCACAGCGAGUGAAAAUGGUGGCAGCCCCAGAUCUGCCAGUAGGAGCAGGAGUCGCAGCAGGAGUGAAAGCGGGUCUGUUAGCGGGUGA